AUGUCUACCUUGAACUUCGCGUUGAAGAACCAGACCGGUUCAAACACGGUCUAUGCAUAUAUCACCGGUCAAGCAAUCGACAACAACAAUGCGUUGUUCCUGCUACAAGCCGACGGCAAGACGGCGUACUAUCCAACCUCGCCGUCCGCUACCCAGACGGCCCUCGCACAAGACUGUGCAAUUCCACUCGGCGCAUCGGGCAGUACCAAGACAGUAACCAUCCCACAUAUUGCGGGAGGUCGACUUUGGUUUGUGCGCGAUGCCAAACUCACAUUCUACUUGAACCCGGGCCCUGCACUCGUAGAGCCCUCGUCGUCUAAUCCGUCAGACGCUAACUAUAACCUGUAUUGGGACUUUUGCGAGUUCACUUGGAACUCGUCUCAGCUCUACGUGAACAUUACCUUUGUUGAUUUCGUCUCGCUGCCCAUUGCCCUGACGCUUACCAAUACAUCGGGAACCUCGAAGAGUGUCCAGGGUUUACCGUCCGAUGGACUCGCCACGAUUUGCACGGCACUCAAGACGCAGAACUCCAAGGACAGUGCCGGAUGGGACAAGCUUAUUGUCACGACUAAUGGGAACAACCUCCGAGCUGUAUCCCCGAACACGGGCAUUACAUUGGACAACACCCUGUUUAAGACCUACUAUGAUUCCUACGUCGAUCAAGUCUGGUCCAAAUAUACCGAUACCGCCUUGACCGUCAAUACCCAGGGUAGCGCAGGCGAUGUCACAGCCAAAGUCUCGAACGGCAAGCUCACCUUCUCCACCGGAAGCAUAUCAUACGACCAGCCAUCGACAGCAGAUAUCUUCAGUAACAGUUCCGGAGCCUUUGCAGUCUCUGGGGAUGCCACCAAAGAUGCCAUCACUGCCCGCUUGGCGGCAGCUUUCAAUCGCUCCACGCUAUUGACUGACACCAACCAGCCGAACGGCGAGACGGUGGCCAAUUACUACCAGGAUGCCGUGACGAACCAUUACUCGCGGAUCUGCCAUGCUACUACCUCGGAUAAUCGGGGCUAUGCGUUCCCUUAUGAUGAUGUCGCACCCACUGAUGGUGCCGAUCAGUCUGGGAGUGUGUAUGAUCCGAAUCCUCAAUUGUUGACGGUGACUGUUGGCGGUGCUUCGAGUAGUAAUUCGACCAAUAAAUCUGUCAAUCAGGGGGAUACUACUACCCCAUCUCAGGGUACUCAGAAGAAGAGUCGGUUUGCUGGUCUGAAGAAAGUGAUGCAGAAGUUGUCCCGCAAGAGAUGA